AGGAAGUAGAGAGUUUCGGGAGCUUGUACAAGCUGUUGGCGGGGUGAGCGGUAUGGUUUAGUGGAAGAAGGCAAGAGACUGCGGCCGUGUGUGACUGUAUGCGUUUCUAAAUGCUACGUAGUAGAUGUUUUAAGGUGGAAUGGCUCCAGUACGGCAAAGAAACGCGAAGGGUGCGAAUGCAGCCGAGAUAGAGAAGAAAAUUAAAAGAGGUAAUGCGCUGAGGCAGGGAUCGUCAUGGCGGGGGUCCCGUUUGCUUGUGGCCUUGCUGCUGGUCGCUUUGUCUGCAUGUGGGGCGGCAACGUGGCUGUACAUGACCUCUUUGGACAGUGACGUCACAGAAACUCUGGUCAGCCAAGGGGAGCUGGUCGCACCUCAGCCCAGAGUCUACAGCGUCCAGUGCUCUGAAGACUAUGACAACUACAAACGCUACCCAGGAUGCACCCCUCAGAAGUGUGGCCGUGCAGUCACAGACGGCGUGGUGACGAGGGAGGAGGCUCAGACACUCAGGAGGUUGGCUGAGAGGGGGCUGGCUCUGGCUGGGUCAGAGGGAGGAGCCUCCAUACUGGACCUGCACUCUGGAGCCUUGUCGAUGGGAAAACAGUUUGUUAACGUAUACAGGUAUUUUGGGGAACGGCUCAAGGAUGUAUUCACACAAGAGGAUUUCCAGCUUUACAGAGAUGUGCGUGGGCGAAUCCAGGAAGUUAUCGCUCAGACGUUUGGUUUGGACCCAGCUUUGAUGUACCUCACCAAGCCCACCUUCUUCUCCAGGAUCAACAGCACGGCAGCCAAGACCCAACACGACGAGUACUGGCACCCGCACAUUGAUAAGGUGACCUAUGGCUCUUUCGACUACACCUCCCUCCUGUACCUGUCUGACUACGGCUCUGACUUCACUGGAGGUAGAUUUGUCUUCAUGGACCAGAAUGGCAACCGGACUGUGGAACCACGGGCAGGGAGAGUGUCUUUCUUCUCUUCUGGCUCAGAGAACCUCCACCGCGUGGAGAAGGUAACGUGGGGGACACGCUACGCCAUCACUGUGUCCUUCACCUGCGACCCUGCACACGCCAUCUCUGACCCUGCCCUGCCACGAGGCAUCCACGGAUGAUGGAUGACAGCACUGCCCACUGGUUCCGAUAGGCCCUGCAACAAAGAGGCAGAAUAGGCAGGAAUUAAGAACAAGGGGAAGGAAAAAGAGCUUUUACAUGGAUUUUUACAUUGGUAUUCUGUAUCUGCUCGGUCAAUAUCUUCAAUUUUCUCCGUUUAUUUUUCAAGUAUUGACUUGCUGAUGGUGCAGCAGGGAAAAAAAGAGCCACAUGUGGUCUCCCUCUGUGCUUUCCUGUUUGUUACACACCCUUGUGUUUUUAUCCUGUUUUCUACAGAAAUGUCUUUUUUUCCUGCACCAUCUUAAUCGCUGGUUUUAAGGGUUUUUCAGUUCCCCUGCAGGCUUUCGCAAUCUGCCAAAGCAGGAUUGUUUUCUGCCUUUCUGUGUUUUUUAUUUUAAGAGAGCUGCUGAUUCCCUGAAGAAGAGAUCUGGAACUUAUGAACUGCCAACUGAAUAAUCAACGUUUCAUCACCAAGUACCACUCAUACCCCAUCCUAUGACCCGUGAGGUAUUUUCUUCUAAGAAGAACCGUCUCUCUGUCCUGUUCGUUUGGUUUUUCCUACCUUAUGCUUCUGUGCAGUCUUGAGGAUGUUUUGAAAUAAAAUGACAUCAAAAGUUUGCCUGGUUUUGUUAGUCAUACUUCUCUGUACUUUUCUAUUUUAAAACCAGCAGCCUGGAAUAUUAAACCUUUAUGUAUUACUACUUUUUAAAUUCAAUUAACCAGUGUUAUACCCGUCUCUGCUCCUGCUGAUUGCUACUAGAGUCUUAUCCGCCCUUCCUUUGUGAGCCAGCCACUUGAGGAAUCUCUUGAUUGAUCUGAGACUAUCACGUGGUUGGGAAGUCAUCAUCCUCGCCUUUCUUAUUUUUCACACAGCUGCACCGAACCACCCACCGUUUCCAUUCUCAUUUUUUCUUUAUCGAUUCUGGAGUUUUUUGAUUUUAGGAUCCAUAAUUUUGUGUUUAUUUUAUAUGCCAAACACCCAUUUCAGUUUUUAUGCUCUGAUGUGAUUUUAAAUGUUAAUGCUACUCUCUUUGUCAACAUUUAACAGUGGUGUGUUUGGGGCUUUUUCUUUUUUUUUUCUUUUAAAGGUAGGAUCAGAAACAAAAUGUCAGCUAGCCAUCAAA